AUGCAGGGCGCUGAGGUGAAUGCCGACUGCGGCGCGGGUAUGUCCGCCCUUCACAUCUCCGCGCUUCGAGGCGAGAUGUUCCUCACAGAGCUCCUCCUCGCCCAUGGCGCCCACAUCGACCAGCGCGACAUGAGCGGCAACACGCCUUUGAUCUAUGCGUGCCACUUCUACCGACAGCAUGGUAAGGGCGUCCAGCUCUGUGCCCAGCUGCUCUUUCGCAAGGCCGAUCCUCACUACAGGGUUAAGGAUGGAAAGUACGCGGGCAAGAGCGCCUUGGACUUGAUGGAGAAGGCCUGCCUCGAGCCCAACACUGAUGAGAAUGAGGCGUCUAUGGAGGCUAUCACCAAGAUGUGGGUGUCGAUCAAGUCGCAGCCAGCCAACAAAAAACUAUUUCAGGUCUCGUCCAAGAAGGACAAUUUUGGCUAUGCCUUGAGAAGCAUCGAUUGGGAGCUGCCCGAUGACAUGAAGGAUUCGGGAUAUGCUCCCAUCCGACUGGAUGUAGAGUCAGCCUCGAUCUUGGAAGAGAGGUUCACACUUCUAGAGGAGUAUCUCUUCAAUGACGAAGGCGACAAGGUCAAGGUUUACAUCACCUUUCCGGACUCGGCCUCUGCAAGUUUGGGGAAGAAAGAGAACUUGGAGGUGUGCUUUGAGUACCAGUCCUUUGACCUGAAGCUCCGGACAGAGGACGCAAGCUUCAGACUGAAGAUCGAGCCGCUGUAUGGGAGCAUCGAAGUGGAUCAGUGCAGACAUCGGGCCUCAGUGGACUCCAAGAAGGUGACCUUGACCUUAGCGAAGCGGCACAAGAACCGCCGCUGGUCCAGCCUUCAAAAGGCCGCGAAGGAGGGGCCGAUGGAGACGGUGAUUUUGGAGAAGACCAUCAUCAAGCUGGGUUCUUUGUUGGCGCUUGGCUUUGGAGAGGCGGGCGCCAACAUCAUCUCGCACAACAUGAAAGGCUCCGACUCGGCGGGGGUCAAUGCGAUCCUGCCGGGCUUGCGCGUGGAUUGCGUCAUCGGGCUUUGUCGGGUCCAAGACUUCAGCACGGCCACGGAGGUGCUGCAGGGGCGCAUCAUGACCUUUGUGAAUCAGAUUGCUGAGAUCAUCCAUGGAGUCGUCGAUGAGUUCCAUGGGGUCUCACUGGCGCGUUCGGUCUUCUUGGCCGGAUCGAGGUCGCCCAACAAGAACAGCGGCGAUCAGUUCCUGGUGAUUUGGCGCAUGGACACCGAGACCGUGCGGGAGGCCCGCGGCCGCGGGCGAGCUUCGCGGCGCUGGCACACUCCACAAAGCAUCGACGUGGGCUGGCGUGGGCCCCCGAUUUCGGAGGACGACGAGGAGGAGAAGAAGGAGAAGAGCCGCCGCAUUGCAGAGAUGUCCAUCUUAGCCUUCUGCAAGAUCUUAGGUGCGCUGCAUCGUUCAGCUCUCUUAGCAGACUACCGAACGCAUCCCGGGCUUCAAUACCGGCUUCAAGCAAGAAAUGGUGCCGAAGCCUCGGAGGUUCGAGUGAACCUGAGCUUCGGCCUCCAUGCGGGCUGGGCGAUCGAAGGCGCUGUGGGUAGCGAAUUCAAGAUCGAUGCCUCCUACGUCUCACCAAAUGUGAACAUCGCGUCCAGUGUCGAACGGUGUACACAGGUCUAUGGCGUACCGGUGGUGAUCGCACAGUCCUGCAUGGAGCUUUGUAGCUUGGAGUUCAUGAACAAGGGCCGUCUCAUCGACCGGGUGCUGCUCUCGGGCUCCUCCGUGCCCAUGCGGCUAUACUGCGUGCGAGGGCCCGGUGGAGGGGGGGGAAGUCGAGGGCCAGGACCAGGCGUUGAGCUACACCGGGCGGGGGGGGAACCGGGGCUGGAGUGGGCUUGGGCGAACUACAGCACCAGAUUGGUUAGACACACAUUUCCUUCCCCAAAAUGGUUCAAUGGUUUGAACUUUGCUUGCAGCACCCUAGAGGAUGACAGAUGGGAUGAAGUGUCGGACGGCGAAGCGGCACGACCACAGGCUCAUGUGAAAGUUGAUCCCUUAAAGAUGUGGAGCCAUGUCGUCCUGUUUCCACACUGCUCAUGGGAGCUCUCUCUCUCUCUCUCUGUUGUAUAG